UAAGCCAUUUAAAAAUGAUCAAAAACUAUUUAUAUAAUUAAAAUUAUCAAAUGAAAUUUAAUGCCAUCCUCAAAAUCUAUUGAGUAAUGUAUUUUCGUUAUUUUAAUAUAAUGUAAGUUUAGUCAAAAUGUAAGCUACGGUGCGCCGUAAGCUACCUGAAUCAAAUUCGAUGAUGAAUAUCAAUUUUUUAAAAGGUGACCAAAGAUUCUUCAUUGCUUUCUAAAUGAAGGGUCACUUUCAGUUUCGAUAAAAGCUAUGCAAAAUACAAAAAUUCUUGUAAUAAAAUUAUCAAACCUUUUAAGUGCAUUGUGCAUCUGUGCUUAGCAGCACAUAUUGUUUCAGAUGAAAUGAAUCAUAACAAUAUAUUUAUGUACGGUCCGUACAGCUAGCAGUUUUGGAGGAGGAAGUUAUGUACAGUGUACAUAAAGGUCUGAUGGAAAUGAAGCUUCCGUUUAGUAAUAGGUUAGUGCUUGUACUCAUUUUCCUGUUUUGCGCCAACAUUUGGUUUCUCUUCAAGGGCAGUUCAAAAAGCUGGCUGGGGUUUAGUAGACGAGAAAUCACAUUGGUUCAAAGACUACGAGAAUCUGAGGACCAAGUGAGAUGGCUUGGGCGUCAAUUAAGACUUUCCCAGACAAAGCAUAAGAAGGUUGACCCCAAGACACCUCAGCUUUCAAAAUCUCAGAGAUGUAAUGAUAUCCAUAUUUGCAUUGUCUGCUCUGGAUACAACGCCAGUAGAACCGUUGUAACACUUAUCAAGAGUAUUCUCUACUACAGAACUCAUCCUCUCAUUUUCCAUUUUGUGUCAGAUCAUAGCUCCAGACGUGUUCUAAAUAAUCUUGUGACGUCUUGGAAUCUAUCCCAUGUUCAAUUCCAUUUCUAUAAAGCUGAGACGGUUAUUAAUGAUGUAUCCUGGAUACCUAAUAAACACUAUUCAGGUGUGUAUGGUUUGCUUAAACUGACCCUACCCCAGCUACUACCAGCUAGUCUACAGAAGGCGAUUGUUCUUGAUACAGAUGUCGUCUUUGCUACAGAUAUUGCUAGAUUGUGGGAGCUCUUUAAGAACUUCAAUUCAGAACAGGCACUGGGUUUGGUAGAGAACCAAAGUGAUUGGUAUAUCCCAGGCAAACUGUGGAAGAACCACAGACCAUGGCCGGCCUUGGGCCGAGGUUUCAAUACCGGGGUGAUUCUCCUGGACUUGGAGAGGUUACGUAGGUUAAACUGGUGGAGGACCUGGAGAGGGGUCGCAGAGAAUAAUCUGCUCACUCUGCUUUCAACUAGUCUAGCAGAUCAGGAUAUUAUUAAUGCUGUAAUUACCAGACAGGAGGGUAUAUUGUACCGUAUUCCCUGCUCUUGGAAUAUUCAACUUUCAGAGAAUUCUCUCUCCGACACAUUAUGCCUUCAGUCUACUAAGGAGGUGAACAUUGUACAUUUCAACUCUCCAGAUAAAUUUAAUUCUCAGCAAAACUACAAACAGUUCUUCAUUAAUCUUCAUCAAACCUUCCUCCAGGGUAUCCUUAACUACAGGACCCAUAUUUUUUUCCUUCCCUUUGUUUCCAGCAACCUGACUCAGUUCCCGAUUACUCUCUGCGCUACUCUGUCGUUUGAUCGUCUUCAUGUGUUAGAGGGAGUUGUUAAAAAGUGGAAAGGUCCACUCUCCCUCUCUCUCUACCUCACUGAUUAUGAGGCUGUCAAGUUUUUAGAGUUUCACCAGUCGUCAAAACUGUUAAGUUCCAGAACAAAUAUUGGAUACCAUAUUGUCUUCAAGGAGGGGGGAUUUUAUCCGAUUAACUUCCUGAGAAACGUUGCUCUAAAGUUCUCUGAUACUCCUUAUGUAUUCCUCAGUGAGAUUGAUUUUAUUCCAUCUGAUGGUAUUGAAGACAACCUUAAUCUUCAUGUUCACAAUCUGCUCAAAACUGGAGGAAAAAAGGUUCUGGUUGUACCUGCUUUUGAGAGUGAAAGAUACCGAGCCGAUGAUCUGCCAGGAAUGAAGCAUUUUUCCUUUUUCAUUCAGGGGACUCGGCUUACUCAGGCUCCCGAUAAUCCCAACACCCGGUGCCCUUACAUCCAGGGUUCAAUAAUAGAACAAACAGACAACCCCAGGCGUGAUUGUACACGUUUCAUUAGGGGAAGUACUGAUAAGUGUGGCUUCCGAGGGGACCAAAAUAUCCCCAGAAGAACCAAAUCAGAUCUCUUGAAACAAUUAGAUCUUGGAGAAAUCAUCUCAUUCAGAAGCCGGGUGUGGCCUGAGGGGCAUAGUGCUACGAACUUUCAAAAAUGGCGUAGUUCUUCCCAGCCUUAUCCUGCACAGUGGAGACUAGAUUUCGAGCCUUAUAUAGUUGGUCCCCGGAAUAUGAGCAGAUACGAUCCUAGGUUUACUGGGUUUGGUUGGAACAAGGUCUCACAUAUCUACCAACUAAAUGCACAAGGUUACAGCUUUCUUGUGUUACCGAAUGUUUUUAUUGUUCAUCUCCCCCAUACCCCGAGCUUAGAUAUUCAUCGCUACCGUACCUCCAGCUCCUACAGAAGUUGUAUGGAAACUCUGAAAACAGAAUUCAUUAUGGAAACAGAUGUCAAGUACCAAAAACAGGAUAGUCGUUAAUAAUGAGACCCUGAAACAGAAUUAUUUAUGAAAACAGAUGCAAGUACCAAAAAAAAGGAUAAUCUAUAAUAUUGAGACUCUUAAAACAGAAUUUUUAUUAAAACAGAUGCUAAGUACCAAAAACAGGAUAAUCUGUAAUAUUGAGACCCUUAAAACAGAUUUUGUUAGGAAAACAGAUGCCAAGCACAAAAAAAACAGAAAAAUCAAUGAAAUUACGAUUCAUUAUUUGUUUUAUGUAAUUAUAGCGUCAAAACCUGAAGCAAUAAUUUUAGAAAACUAUUAGAAACAACAAUCUGUAUCGAACAAACUGAUAAAAUCUUAUUGAUUUAUAAUUUUUUGCAAUCAUUGUCAGACGCAAUUACGCAAUAUACAUUACAACUGUAAAAUAACAAGUACACGUCAUGUAUCGGGAUAAAAGUUCUUACUAAGCUUUAACAAGUCCUUCUCUCACCAAAUGUUCCACAAAUCAUGAUAAUUUUUAACAUUUAUACUUUUCAUUAGCUCUAUAAUAUAAUGCACAAUAUGUUGCCUCAAGUAGAAUCUGUGUUGUCAAUUUAAUCAUGAAAUAAUCCCACUGCCAAAGAUAAAUGUACCUACACCAGUUCCUACGGUCAAACCAAUUAAAGUCGAAUGUCGUCUUUGCACUUCCUACUUAUAAGAAUUUUGUAUUUGUAUUAUUUAAGAAUUAACUUUUAAGCUACUGUUUAAACCAUUUGGUUUAUCGCAACCAGAUUGGUUUAAUGUCGUCUUCCCGUUUUCCAGUUUUAUUGUUCUGUACAGUUAUUUUAAUUUCAAUUUACAUG